AUGUCUACAACAACAAACAAUAACAAAGUCUAUGAGUUCUAUGGUACUCAAUCACCGAAUGUAUCCAAAGUUAGAUUGAUGUUCAAGUCUUUGGGUAUUGAUGAUCAGGUCAUCUAUCAUAAUAUAGAUUGGAGGAAGGGAGAACAGUACUCGGCAGACUAUGUAAAGAUCAAUCCAAACUCAAAGAUGCCUGCGAUCAUUGAUAAAAGUGAUCCCAAUGAUCCUGUGACAGUGUUUGAGAGUGGCAACAUACUACUCUAUCUUGCAGACAAGCACAAACAGUUCAUUCCAACAUCAUCAUUCAAACUACGAACCGAAUGUCUCAACUGGGUCUUCUGGCAGAUGGCUAACCUUGGUCCAAUCAUGGGUCAAUACGUCCACUUCAAUCAUUUAGCAGAACAGAAAUGUGAAUACUCUAUCCAAAGGUACUUUAAUGAGUUGAGAAGAUUGUUACAUGUACUUGAUAGUCAUCUUGAGGGUAGAGAGUAUGUUGCUGCGAAUAUGUAUACAAUCGCCGACAUGUGUAUCUAUCCUUGGAUUGCUAGACUACCAGUGAGAGUGCCAUCACUUGAUCUACAAGCAGAGUUUCCUCACCUGGUCAAGUGGGUCAAACAACUCAAGACUGUACAAUCUGUUGCACAAUGGGAGAGAGAAGACGAGGAGGCAAGGAAACAGAGUCCAUGGGUCGACCCCUCUGCAGAGGAGCGCAAGUACAUGUAUGGACGUGAUGGUCGGGAACCAACCACAUCUACAACUUCCCUACAAUAG